AUGGCUGCCCCAGCAAAGAAGACACUUCGGGACCUAAACGGCACCUGGGUCAUGAACAAGACCCUCUCCGACUCGGCCGACCCAGCCCUGGCGCUGCAGGGCGUGGGCUGGCUGACGCGCAAGGCCGUCGGCCUGGCGUCGGUGACGCUGCACGUCAAGGAGUACGUCGACGAGGCCGGGCUGACGCACGUGGACAUCCAGCAGACGGCGACGGGCGGCGUCAAGGGCACCACCGAGAACCGCACCUUCGACAACACCUUCCGCGAGCACAGCGACUGGCUCUUCGGCAACGUCAAGGGCCGGACCGGCUGGGUCGCCUCCAAGGACGAGAUCACCGACGAGUACCUCAAGAAGGGGUGGGAGCAGGCGCAGACCGAGUUCGUCGUGGGCUACGUCGAGAGCCUCGACCGCGGCUGGACGGCCACCCAGGUCUGGGGGUUCCAGGAGGUCAACGGCGAGAGGAGGUAUGCGCGCAACAUUGUUGUCGCCAAGGGGGAUGAGAGGGUCGAGAUGAGGCUCGUCUAUGACUUUUACUCCGAGGAGCCUUAG